AUGUCAUCCACCCAAAAGACAGUACUUAUCACCGGAGCCAAUCGAGGGAUUGGUUUCGGUUUCGCUCAAGAUUAUGCCAAUAAAGGGUAUAAAGUCAUUGCGACUGUCCGAGACCUUUCAAGAGCUCCUAAGAUACCAGGUGUCAUUACAGUCAAAAUUGAUGCUUCAAAUGAUACAGAUCCUUAUACUGCUGUAGAAGAAUUGAAGACUAAGCAUGGUAUAGAAAAGCUGGAUAUUGUCAUUGCGAACGCUGGAAUCUCAGAACAUUACGCUCUUGUACGAGAUAUUGAUCUUGAUCAAUUCGAUCAACAUCAUAAAGUUAAUGCUAGAGCUCCUUUAAUCCUCUUCAAAGCUAUUUAUCCUUUAUUGGAACAAGGGAGUAAAUUCGUUGUGAUAUCAACUUUUCCAAGUCAAAAUGGUGUAGAUCAUUUCCCCAAUUUCGGUGCUUACGGAGCAUCCAAAGCGACUGUUAAUUACAUUACUCGACAAAUCCAUUUCGAAGAACCUAGUCUCACUGCGUUCUUUAUCUCUCCGGGAUGGUUAGAUACAGACAUGGGUAAUGCCGGUGCAGCUGCAAAUGGACUAGACGCUCCUCCUGAAAAAUUAUCUGUUACGCUUCCUCAAAUGGUCGAUUUGAUCGAUAAGUCUACUAGAGAGGAACAUAGUGGAUACAUGUGGAAUUACGAUGGUACCAAGAUCCCAUUCUAG